GUUCUACCUUGCACGGGUAUAGAAAAAAAGCAAUUUUUAGAUCCACUUCAUCUCCACGCAUCUACGAGAUCGAGAGAUAGAAGUUCUGGAUAGUCUGUUUCCCUACUAGAAAUACUAGAGGUCCACCGCCACCGCCACGACGACGACCACCACCACCGACACGACAGGUCAUGCUAGUUUGUUCUUCCAUCCUUUUACUAGUUUGUUCCUCCAUCCUUUUACUAGUUUGUUCUUCCAUCCUUUUAUUCCCCUCUUAAUCAUGAUCCCUUGUUUUCCUCUUGAAGAUCGUUAUUUUUUCCCCGUGUGAAGAUCCGAAGAACUUCUGCGUAUUACCGACGUGGUCGACGACAAAGAGGAGAUGCCAGAAGGCUGCAGCAUUCAAUGAGUUCACCACGACAAGAACUCCGAUCACGUCUCUCCUUCUACAACACGUAUUCGCGCGAGCCUGAUCAUCUACAACAAGUGCAAGAACACGAGGAAGAAGUCCUCAGGAGUGGCACCACGUGAUGACGAAAGUCCUCUACCUUCCUGCGCGGAUUAGCACUGACGAGAGACGAGGAUCUUAAUAAAAUAACUUGAAAAUAAUGAAGCUCUUCCCAUUGUGGAACAGGGAGGAUAAAAGUCCUGGCGGUGUAGCGAAGUGUUUGUUCUGCUCCAUAUGGGAUAGAAAUGCAGGUCUUAGCGACGAUUCUUUCGCUUUAGCACAAUUUAAGGCUACAAGAUGAAAUCCAUCUACCCCAGCAUCGAUCCUGGUCCCGUUUUUGAAGGGAACACAAAGGGGGCCCCGGAUGCUGCUGAAGAUGGAUUUCUCUUAGUUCUAAACAAUGCAAAAUUCUUGUCCUUGUCAUCUUCCUCACGUAUGUCCUGUUUCAAUUGGUAAAGAGAGUAUGUGGCUUGGAGUUUGGUAGAGAAGAUUAUAGAUGCAAGACUGGCGACCACGACAAAGACGAAGAAGAAGCGGUAGAUGACAUUUUUAUUCGGCCUCCACGAACUGGAAGAAGAGCAGGAGGAAGGGGAGGUUCAACGAACAGAAACAAUAGGUCGAGUCCUCCGACGAACCGAGCUGGCACAACUCGAACAACUGCUGACACGACGACCUUGCCUCCUACUUCAUCAACAGCACCAACAGUACCUCCGACUACAGGUGAAGGACCGACAGGUGAAGGACAGGAUCCUCAACACGAAGUAGGAUGUAGUCCAGAUGAUGAACCAGAGGGAAGAUCUUCAUGAGCAUAUCUAUCGGCAAGAAUAUCAUCAUCCUCCAAACUAUUCAACCUGUAGUUCUUCCAUUUCGUCGUGGUCUAGAAGUACAGAGAAUGUAGAGGUUACAAGCAGGCUGGAGAAUGUACAACUGCAUCGAAUCUUCGUGUUGCCAAUGUGGUGCAAACGCAUUCGCAUUCUAUGCUC